UCCCCAGAGCGCUGCCCUGGCGCCCUGAGCGCAGCGGCUGCGCCCUGCCCUCCGGGCGUGGGCUAGCCGGCCGCGUGUGCCUGGCUGCUUGACGCGAGGACGAGCCAAUCAGGGCCAGCGGCCCUGGCUGCCAUGUGACGGGCGAGGCGGCUCCUUUCCCCAACGCGGCCAGAGGGAGGAGAGAACCGGGGCUCGCCGCGAGCCUUCGAGAGCAGCGGCCGCGGAGGAGGCGGCGGCGGCGGCACAGGCUCGAGCCAGCCGCGCGCGCAUCCCCGGGCGCCCUGCGCGGCGGAGAUCUCGGCGGGCUGCGGGAGCCCAGGACGGGAUUGGACAAAGCAAGAUGGCAGGAAUCUUAGCCUGGUUCUGGAACGAGAGGUUUUGGCUCCCUCACAAUGUCACCUGGGCGGACCUGAAGAACACGGAGGAAGCCACCUUCCCGCAGGCUGAGGACCUCUAUCUCGCCUUCCCCUUGGCCUUCUGCAUGUUAAUGGUACGGCUCAUCUUCGAGAGAUUUGUAGCCAAACCAUGUGCCAUAGCCCUCAACAUUCAGGCCAAUGGACCACAAAUUGCUCAGCCAAAUGCCAUUCUGGAAAAGGUUUUUACUGCAAUUACAAAGCAUCCUGAUGAAAAGAGAUUGGAGGGCCUCUCCAAGCAGCUGGACUGGGACGUUCGCAGCAUUCAACGCUGGUUCCGACAAAGACGCAACCAGGAGAAGCCAAGCACACUGAAGAGGUUCUGUGAGAGCAUGUGGAAAUUUUCAUUUGGCCUUUAUAUAUUUACCUAUGGAGUCCGGUUCCUGAAAAAGGACUUUGGCGUUAUGUUCCUGCAUCACCUUGUAUCUAUUUUUUUGAUUACCUUUUCAUAUGUCAACAACAUGGCCCGAGUAGGAACCCUAGUCCUCUGUCUCCAUGAUUCAGCCGACGCUUUUCUAGAGGCUGCCAAAAUGGCAAAUUACGCCAAGUUUCAGAAAAUUUGUGAUCUCCUGUUUGUUAUGUUUGCCAUGGUUUUUAUCACCACACGACUGGGUAUAUUUCCUCUCUGGUGUCCAAGGAUGAUCGAAGUGAUAUUGAGUCUAGCUCAGAUGAGGAGGACUCGGAACCUCCAGGGAGUAACCCUCAUGCUGCGACCGCCACCAAUGGGACCAGUGGUACCAACGGGUAUCUCCUCACUGGCCCUUGCUCCAUGGAUGAUUAAUUACUCAAAACUACAAGUCCCAAAUAAAGUGAACUGUUUGUUCCUGGAAGUAUUUAAUAAGUUGCAAAUGCAGUUCCUUUCAUAAUCUCUCAGCACCAGAAACAAAAAUUAGGAUUAUCAAAGCAUUUUGAAUAGUGCACUGCCAUAUGUCCUGUCUGUGAAUGAGAAAGAAUUACCAUUCUGUAUAUGUAGGCAUGCUUUAUGUAAUUGGCACAAGGGAACAGUAUUUGCAUUUGUACUGUCUUAGAAUAUUAUUUAUUUUUUUGUAUUUGUUUGUGAAUCUGUGGACAAAAGAGGGUUUCCUCACUCCUUUUACUCUCUGGGUUCAUGACAGUGAGGGAGACGCUUGAUCUGCUUCUACCCCUUUCUAUUCCCCUAAGCCAGUCCGCUAGGAGCAUUAGCUUAAUUGGUCACUUAGAGCAAGCAAAUCCCAGUGCAGGAUUCUCGUACAGCUCCAAAUAGGUUUGCUUUCUUUGUGUUACAGUGCCUGUUUCGAAAUGGCCUGUACAGUCUCAGUGAGCUUUCUCCCAGUGUAAAGUUGAAACAGGGUGAGCUCAGUUUUGUAAUUGUCACUCUUCGUGGUCAAUUAGCUGUUCCAAUUAAAGACUGUGGUUAUUGGAGGACUUAAAAAAUUUGUUGUGUAUUAAAUUGCUUUGGAUUAGAUGUCAUUUCUUAUUCACACAGCCAAGAUUUCUUCAGUGAGAAUGGCAGCUAGCUGGGGAUUAACUUUGGAGGUUACAGAGAUUUUUUAAUUCUCUAUUACGGGGUCAGUGCUCUGGCUCUGAAGGAAGACUUAAGGUCAUGGUUACAAACAAAGAAGUCACUCUUCCUACUGGGAAUUUGUCCCAUGAUCUGAGAAUAAUACAAAGAGAGCAGCAGAUUUCAACCAGGUUUUACCACUACCCCUGUAAUUAGCGCCAUCUUUUGCCAUGUCAUGAAAAAAAGAAGCUAAGUAUAUUUUGGGACAGAAAAAGGAGACUUCCAAGAGUUGGCAAAAGUCACCUCUAAUGCAAAGCACUUUACUGCAACCAGCUUUCAAGAAAGUGCCCUAUCUAGUAUUUGAUCUUGAUGUUUUUAUUUUUCUGAGCAAAAUAAAGCCAAUGGGAGAAAGACCAUUUUACCCUUUGUCUUUUCUCCUUAAA